AUGAGGCCCAUUCUUCUCUCGGGACACGAGCGUGCGCUCACGCAAGUCAAGUACAAUGCUGAUGGAGACAUCAUUUUCUCCGUAUCGAAGGACCACGUCGUUUGCGCAUGGUACUCACACAACGGCGAGCGGAUAGGCACAUACCACGGACAUCAGGGAGCGCUAUGGACCGUCGACGUGAACCCAUCUUCCGAGCUGCUAGCCACCGGUGGCGCAGACAACACCAUGAGGCUAUGGCAUGUGCAGACCGGCAAGCUUCUCCACACUUGGGAAUUCAACACCAGUAUCAAGCGCUGCGAAUUCUCUCCAGACGGCAGGCAGCUACUCGGUGUCACUGAGAAGCGCUCAGGACAUCUUUCGACCAUCUGCGUCUACCCCAUCAACCCCGACCCAGAAGCGCAACAAUCGGAUGAGCAGCUGCUCAGGAUCGUAUGCGACGAGUCCAAGGCGACGGUUGCUGGUUUCUCGUAUCUCGCGAAAUACAUCAUCAGUGGACACGAGGACGGCUCGAUAACUCAGUGGGAUGGCAAGACUGGAGAGCUGCUCAGCUCUAACUACGAUGUUCAUGAGCCAGACAUGCAGAUCACCGAUAUUCAGUGGGCUCCCGACCGAACAUAUUUCAUAACUGCCAGCAAGGACAAGACCGCAAAGCUUGUUGACGUCGAAGAGCUCAACGUGCUCAAGUCAUACGUUGCCGACACGCCCCUCAACUCCGCGGCGAUCACUCCGGUAAAGGACUAUGUUAUUCUUGGUGGAGGACAAGCAGCUAUGGACGUCACAACCACAUCUGCGCGCCAAGGAAAGUUCGAGGCCCGCUUCUACCACAAGAUCUUCAUGGAGGAAAUUGGUCGUGUGCGUGGUCACUUUGGUCCCCUCAACUAUGUCGCCGUACACCCACAAGGUACCAGCUACUGCAGUGGAGGAGAGGACGGUUACGUGCGCGUGCACCACUUCGACAAGCCAUACUUUGACUUCAUGUACGAGGUCGAGCGGGAGGUCGCGCAGCAGUCGAACUUGUAA